AUGGCUUCCGCAACAGGCCUGAGCAGGACGCGGUCUCUUCGCAAACCGGCGGGCCAAUUGACCCAGAAAGACGUCAAACCGGCCCAGGAUGAGACCAAGACGAAGCCCAAGCCCAGCGGCACGACCUCGCCCAGCCGCCUCCCGCAGGCCAAACCCUUGACGCGGUCCGCAACCAGCACUACAUCCACCACCUCCUCCUCCACGUCUGCAGCGGCCAGGACUCGCGCCGGCAGUUCAGCAACCGGCACCACGACUACGGCUUCCGGGCGGCCGCUGUCGGGCAUCUUCUCAAGCAGGACGACCACGACGCGCAGGCCCAGUCCGCCGACCGACCAGACAGCGCCGGCGGCGGCCACAGCAGCAGCAAAGCCGCUGGGCAGAGCUCCCAGCACACGCCGCGUCCCCUCGGGCGCCUCGACAUCAAGCGUGAGCCGGAGGGAUCCCGCACCGGGCGCCGCGCGUCCGACAUCCUCGGGCGGCCUGCCCUCCUCCAAACCACGAGUCCUGGGCCACUCGCGGGCCAAGUCUACGGCCACGACAUUGACUUCUGCGACGACGCUGCGCCCGCCAGGCGCAGCAGCGACUACCGCCUCUUCUUCCAGUACCGCCUCGGCGAACACUUCCAAACCGCAGACGCGCGCCCGAACCGUGUCCCAGGCCACAAGCCAAGCUGCCUCGACGACUAAUACCGCCGCCGCCGCCGCACAGCACCGCCCAGCCUUCAACACCAACCAGCAGCAUUACUCGCCGCUGAAGUCACACGCCCCCAAACCCCUGACCUCGACCUACCUCGCGCCGCCCUCGCCGAGCAAGCUGCCUACCAACGUCGCCAUCUCGGCCGAGACGAGCCGUCUGCAGACCGAGCUGCUGCAGCUGUCGCUGUUGCACCGGGACGCCCAGGCCGUCACGCUGCAGUGGCACGAGAGCGCACGGCGCAAUCUCGGGGCGCGCUUCAGGCAGCUGGUCGCCGAGGACGAGGCGCUGUGCGCCGCGGAGCGCGACGGCGUCGAGAGCCGGAACGCGGCCGCGCUGCUACAAUGGGCGCAGCAGCAGUCGCCGCAGGCCCGGCACGGCGGGGCGCCAGUCGGCCUCGAGGAGAAGGUGCAGGCGCUGGACCAGGUGCUGAGUGGGGUCUGGAGCCUCGGCGAGCCCGGGGGCCGGUACGCGCGCGUCGUCGCGGCGUUCGAGGACUGGGCGGACCGUAUGGCCGGCAUUGUGGCGGCGCAGCGGGACAGCCGGCCGACCCGCGGCCUGGCCGCCGACGGCGACAGGGGCGGCGUCAUGUUCAUCAGCGAGCUGGACUGCGCGUGGAAGGGCGAGUGCGCGGGCCUCAAGAGGAAGCUCGAGGCGUGGCGGAGGACACUGACAGAGCUGGGGCCGGCGCCCGGCGACCAGGAGGGUCGGAUGCCCAGGUCCAGUCUCGCGAGGGUGCUGGACGGGUGCGCCAGCCUCGUGUACGACAUGCUCGAGGAGCUCGAGCUCAUGGAGCAGAUGGAGCGGGAGGCCCGGCGGGCGGAGGACGAGUGGAUGGAGAAGAUGCUCCACGAGGAGCUCAAGAUCGGCGAGGACGAGGCCAUGGACAAGGAAGUACCGCUCUGGAAGCUGGUCAUUUGA